GACCAGUCGGAUCCAGCCUCUCAGCGCAGUCGUGCGUCCCUAAACCAGUUAAGCAGAAUCGGCAGCAUGUGGAAUGCGACGCGGAGCGAGGAGCCGGGGCCCAACCUCACGCUGCCUGACCUGGGCUCGGACGGUCCCCCCGACAACGACUCGCUGACGGACGAGCUGCCACCCCUCUUCCCCGCGCCACUGCUGGCGGGCGUCACAGCCACCUGCGUGGCGCUCUUCGUGGUAGGCAUCGCGGGCAACCUGCUCACCAUGCUGGUGGUGUCGCGAUUCCGCGAGCUGCGUACCACCACCAACCUCUACCUGUCCAGCAUGGCCUUCUCCGACCUACUCAUCUUCCUCUGCAUGCCCCUCGACCUCGUGCGCCUCUGGCAUUACCGGCCCUGGAACUUGGGUGACCUGCUUUGCAAACUCUUCCAGUUUGUUAGCGAGAGCUGCACCUACGCCACGGUGCUCACCAUCACCGCGCUGAGCGUCGAGCGCUACUUUGCCAUCUGCUUCCCGCUGCGGGCCAAGGUGGUGAUCACCAAGGGCCGGGUGAAGCUCGUCAUCCUGGUCAUCUGGGCCGUGGCUUUCUGCAGCGCCGGGCCCAUCUUCGUGCUGGUCGGAGUGGAGCAUGAGAACGGCACCGACCCUCGGGACACCAACGAGUGCCGCGCCACCGAGUUCGCGGUGCGCUCCGGACUGCUCACCGUCAUGGUGUGGGUGUCCAGCGUCUUCUUCUUCCUGCCUGUCUUCUGCCUCACUGUCCUCUACAGCCUCAUCGGCAGGAAGCUGUGGAAGAGGAGACGCAGCGAGGCGGCGGUGGGCGCCUCGCUCAGAGACCAGAACCACAAACAAACCGUGAAGAUGCUGGCUGUAGUGGUUUUUGCUUUCAUCCUCUGCUGGCUGCCCUUCCAUGUAGGACGAUAUUUAUUUUCCAAGUCCUUCGAGCCUGGCUCUGUGGAGAUCGCUCAGAUCAGCCAAUACUGCAACCUCGUCUCCUUCGUCCUCUUCUACCUCAGCGCCGCCAUCAACCCUAUUCUGUACAACAUCAUGUCCAAGAAGUACCGGGUGGCAGUGUUCAAACUUCUGGGAUUUGAACCCUUCUCCCAGAGGAAGCUCUCCACCCUAAAGGAUGAAAGUUCUCGGGCCUGGACGGAAUCUAGUAUUAAUACAUGAUCAAGCAUAUUGCUCA